AUGACUUCCCCUCAUGCCGCCCGACCGGAGAGCUCCCUUGGAUCACCUUCAAGUCGGGGGCCUGCGUCGCUACCGGACAAGCCGCAAAGGGAGACGCGCGAGGAGACGCUUCGCCGUCAACUCCUUGAGCGGCGAAAAGCAGCUGUAAAACAGCCUGCAGCGCCUCCCGCACCGGCAUCGAGCAGCAUUGGCGUCGGGAUUAGUAUCAAGGGAAAGGGGAAAGUGGUCGAGCAGCCGCAAAAGAUAGGCGGAAUGAGGGCGUGGGAUGAGGUACCCGAGAAGGACGAAAUCUUGAUCGUGCCUGUUCAGCGAGGUUCGGUGGACGAGGAAGAAGAGGAGUUGGAUCUGGCGUACCCGCGUUCUCCAGAGCGAGACAGGUCGCCUCGUCGGUCAAGAUGGGAUGAGCGGGACUCGCGGGGUGGCAGGCAUUCAAAACGGAGUCCGGACACGUAUCGCCCGAACCGAUCAACAUCGUUAUCCCCUCCUCCUCCUCCUCACCGCGCCCCCUCUCCUCAACGUCGAAACCAUGGAGACACGCCUCCUCUCCGCCAAUCACAUCGAUCAGACCGGGACUCGUCUACCCGCGGCAGCCCUGGACGGCCAGUUCGUGAUCGCUCACCACCCCCUCCUCCUCGGCGGACAUUCGACAAUCCCGAACGCCUGGCAAUGCGGCAAGGACACGCUUUCCCCCCCUUUCCUCCUCGGAACGGUCUACCUGCUCGGCCCCCACCAGUCUUAGCAGAGGCUAUGCGCGAACUAAAUCCGAGGGAGAGACGGCCGUCCCCGUCAUACCAGCCUCAUGAUCGGCCGCCGCAUCUGGCGACGGGAGGGAAUGGGCAAGCAGGGAGGGGUGGUGGAGGUCCUGGAGCAGGGGGAUAUGGAUAUGGACCUGGUCGGAGGGAUCUCAGUGGAGGCGGACCAGCGGGUCAAGGCGGUAUACAAGGAGGACAAGGAGGACAAGGAGGACAAGGAGGACGAGGAGGUGGUUGGCAGAACCCGCCCAGGCGAUUUAAUGGGCCGGUGGACUUUGAGCAGCGUCGGCUGCAAAGAGAGAAAAAUACUCUGGUUGUGUGGCCUGCAUCGCCAGAGCGCCCAUGCAGAGAUGAAGAGGAGAUAGAAGCAGAUCGUCGAGCCGCAGGCAAAGCCAGCAAGGCCAAAUCCAAAUCAAAGAAGAGCAAGCGCCGCUCCCGCUACUCCUCGGCCAGCUCAUCAGAGUCCGAGUCGGAGGACGAUGGACGCGCUAGACGGAAAAGAAGGGAGAAGCGGCGGAAAUACGCGUCGUCUGACUCUGACUCUGGCUCUGAGGUCGAGGCCAAGGCGAGGGCGAGGCGACGGGCCUCGACAGCAGACAGCGAGGCAGAAGAGGAGGAGCGGCGGCGAAGGACCAAGAAGUCUAGGUCGAAGACCAAGUCGCGGGCGAGGAGCACGAGGUCGGAGGAUGAAGAUGGGUGGGCGGAGAAGGAGCAGGAGGAGAGGCCACUCUCGCUGGAGGAUCUGGCGAGGAUGCAGCGGCUGCGGAAGGAGGCAGAAGAAGAAAUUGGGCCGGCGUUGCCCAGCGGCAGCGCAGUCCAGCAGAGGCAACGCUUCGAGCACAUGAUGCCUGGCGAAGGCGAAGCUAUGGCUCUCUACGCCUCGAACGGUCUCCGUAUCCCCCGGCGCGGCGAGAUCGGUAUCGACACCAAGCGCAUCGAGAACCUCGAAGACGCAGGCUACGUGAUGUCUGGGGCGCGACACAAGAAGAUGAAUGCCAUGCGGCUGCGCAAGGAGAACCAGGUGAUCAAUGCGGAAGAGAAGCGGGCGAUCUUGAAUCUUCAGCGGGAGGAGAAGAUUAAGCGGGAGGGGAUGAUUGUGAGCCAGUUUAGGGAGCUCAUGAAUACGUCCAUUCAGAGGCAGACGUAG